AUGAUGGCGACCGCACAUCUGCUGCUUGUGGUUCUUCUUGUCUACUCUGCUUCUGGAGCAGAUCUUGAAGACAAGAAAGGACCAUUAGAUCAUAAAGUUUUGGAAGUGCCAGAGGCCACACCAGUUCCAUAUGCAGUUUUUCAGUUUAUAUCUACAGCAGAUGGUGUGUCAUCAUAUCUCAUAAGUGGUGAAACAGAAGGAAAAAUCAGCAUAUCCAAAGACGGUUGGCUGUAUCUUGAAGAACCACUAGAAUGGAGCCCAGGGAAAAAACACACUCUUAAUAUUAAGGCACUCUCAGCUGAUGGCCAUACCCUUGAUGGGCCUUAUACAGUUGUUCUCCAAGUUUUGGAUGUUAACAACAAUCCGCCUGUCUUCAGUCAGAGCCAGUAUAGUGGAAGUAUCAGAGAGCAUUCAGCUGCAGGCAUUCCAUUCGUACAAGUGUUCGCCACAGAUUUUGACAAUCCAGAGACACCCAAUGCUCACCUAAGCUACAGCAUUGAGAGCCAAAUCCCCAAUCCUGCUGGUACACCUUUCUUUACUAUUAACCAAAAGACUGGGGAAAUAGCUACCACAGACGAGGGAGCAGCAUUUUUAAGAGCCAGAACUUCAGUAAUGUACAGUCGUGGGGAGGUCCGUGGUAAUGUUGAUGUUCUGAAAAAGAAGUUUAGUGAUUUCUGCAAUCCAACCAACAACAUUCCCCUUGAGAACAACCCCUUCUUCACAUGUGUGCAUCUUGCUGAGAACAGGAGACUGAAUACCAUUGAGGAUCCAGACUACACUUUAAUUGUGCGGGUGGAGGACUUAGGUGGCGGGGCUCUGAACGCCCUCAGCAGCACCACACGAGUGAACAUUGCGAUCAGUCAAAACCUGUGGAUAAGCCCCGGAAUAAUCUCUAUAAAGGAGAAUUGGAUGGUGGAAUACCCCAAGCUGAUUACGUCGGUACGUGCUAAUGACCCCAAUGCAGUGUACAGGCUUUUACAAAAGGAGCGAGAAAUUCCUUUUCCUUUCACUAUCAAUGAAGAUGGAGAGAUUUACAUCACUGAGCAACUAGACAGAGAACAAAAGGACAUGUACACCUUGGUGGUGUUGGCUGAGGAUAAGCAAGGUGUCGAACUGGAAUCUCCUAUGGAGAUUCAGGUUGAGGUAGGAGAUGAGAAUGACAAUGCUCCUCGGUGCCCAGAUGUCGAAACUGUGUUUGAGGUGCAGGAGAAUGAGGAAGUCGGUAGCCACAUUGGUGAUCUGUUGGUUCAUGAUGCGGACAAAGAGAACACUCUAAACUCGUUGCUAACCUUCAAGCUUUUGAGCCAGACUCCCACAUCUCCCUCUGAUGGAAUGUUCUUAAUCGACCAAUCACGUGGCAGAAUCCAGGUGACCAAGCACAACUUCCGUAGGCAGGAUGUGCCACAGUAUCAGCUCAAGGUUUCAGUUACUGAUGGAGUUUUUAGCACAGAGUGUAAUGUCAUCAUCAAAGUCAUCGACAUCAAUAAUGAGAUCCCCAUUUUUGAAAAAAAUGAUUAUGGAAAACACAGUAUUCCCGAGCUAGCUGAACUAGGGACCACUCUACUGACCAUUAACGCUACAGAUGCUGAUGAUCCAGGUACAGGAAGCUCAAAAAUUGUUUACCAAAUAGCUGAAGGUGAUCCGAACGGUGUAUUCGCCAUUGAAGUUGAUGAUGCCACUGGAGAGGGUAGAGUCUAUGUAGCACAGCCGCUGAAUUACGAGGCUCAGUCUACCUAUCAGCUUAAGAUUAAUGCUCGCAAUCCUGAGCCGCUGAUUAAGGGGGUGGACUAUGAUGAGCGCUCCACAGCGGUUGUUGUCAUUGAGCUGGUGGAUGUGGAUGAACCUCCAGUGUUUAAAGUGGACAUUGUGAAUAUUAACAUCCCAGAAAAUGUUACUGUAGGAACCACAGUUCUAACAGCUGAUGCUGAAGACCCAGAAGGACACAAAAUCAUGUUUAAGCUGGAGGGAGAUGACCAUGGAUGGCUGGAGCUGGAUGCUGACUCUGGGGAGCUGAAGACUAAAGCCAGCUUGGACAGGGAAGUGGUGGAUCAACUUAACCUCCGAAUCAUUGCAUACGAGUCAGAUGGCCAGAAACAGCAGUCUGAAAAGGAAGUGUCCAUCCAGCUCUUAGAUGUGAAUGAUAACUUCCCUAAACUACAGCAGUCUCAGGGUUUCAUAUGUGUGAAGAAGCCUGAACCGUUGUUGCUGACUGCUGUGGAUGCAGAUGCACCACCAUUCGGAGAGCCCUUCACUUUCAGUCUACCACUGGGCCGCAAAUCCCCCAACUGGGAGAUUACACCAGUGGACGACACUUCAGCUAAUCUUGUGUUAAAGAAGAAGCCCUCAACUGAUCAGACCUUCACCAUUCCCAUCAACAUUAAGGACAGUGCCGGCAUGGGUAUUACACAAAAGAUUGAAGUGCGAGUGUGUAACUGUACUGAGUUAGGUUACUGUUACAUGGAGCCCGGGACUCAUGCUUGGAAGUUUGGAGUAUCCACCACUGUUGGCAUUCUAGGAGGCGUUUUCGGAUUUAUCAUGCUCUUCAUGAUUAUUGUUGUAUGCCGCAUCAAGAAGAAUGCCAAGAAGAAACCAGAGGGUGAUGGAGAAACCAAUGCCAUGCUCUAGUCAAACACACACACACACACACACACUGGAUUUUUUAGUUGAAAUGCAUUAUGGCUCCUAUUCCAUUUUCUCUAUAAAGGUUUUUAACAAAGGAUGCACUUAAACUUUUUCAUUGUUUUUAUAUUUUAAUGCAAUUGUAAGAUGAGGUUAGCAUAAUAUAUUAAACAAUGUGCUGUGAUGCAUUCCGGGACUACAGUUGUCCUCUGUUUUCUGAAGAAUUUCUUUGUUUUGUUUGGAUAUUUACAGUAGUA